AGGAGAGCCGUAAAGUGACAGGGAGGUCAUUCGGAAAGUGAGGGUCCUUGAUCAGCACUGGGGGAUAAUUUGCGGUAGCUUCACAUAGUUACUGAUUUUUAAAAAAAGGAAAUCGCCCGUUUUUAGUACAGGGUUGCUUCCUGUGUAGAUCCGAUCGCAGCUACUCUUUGUUGAGAAAUAGCCAGGUUGUCAAGAUGCUACGUUUGGUGGUGCGGUUGAGACAGUCUGGAUGUCUCACUCGUUCCAGUCUACACCCGGGCCCUGCCCUGAGCUCGCGAGCCGAACCGGGCACAAGACACCUGAAGCGGUACCAUACUGGUGGUUGCACUCGGUUUAGGCCUAUGUCUCAUAUCACGAAAUUCAGUAAUGUUACCAACAGAAACGGCUACGUGCAACGCUGUCAGAUUGCAAGUAUCCACCAAAGCCAACGGUGCUACAGUUUACCACCUCAUCAAAAGGUGGAGCUACCUGCUUUAUCCCCCACAAUGCAAAUGGGCACCCUCGCCCGUUGGGAGAAGAAGGAAGGGGAGAAGAUUUCAGAAGGAGACCUGAUUGCAGAGGUGGAGACGGACAAAGCGACUGUGGGAUUCGAGAUCCUGGAAGAGUGCUACCUGGCCAAGAUCCUGGUUGCCGAGGGAACGAGGGAUGUGCCCAUCGGAGCGGUCAUCUGCAUCACGGUGGACAGCCCCGACCACAUCCCUGCGUUUAAGGACUACACGUUGGAAAUGGCCGCUGCUUCCGCCCCCCCAGCCGCGGCGGCGGCCCCUCCCCCGCCUGCUCCUGCUGCGGCCCCCCCGCAGGCCCCCGGCAGCUCGUACCCCUCCCACAUGAAGAUCCUGCUGCCUGCGCUCUCCCCCACCAUGACCAUGGGCACGGUGCAGCGCUGGGAGAAGAAGGUGGGGGAGAAGUUGAGCGAGGGAGACCUGCUGGCCGAGAUAGAGACCGACAAGGCCACAAUCGGGUUUGAGGUGCAGGAGGAGGGAUACCUGGCUAAGAUCAUGAUCACUGAGGGCACGCGAGACGUGCCCCUGGGAACCCCGCUCUGCAUCAUUGUGGAGAAGGAGGCCGACAUCGCCGCCUUCGCCGACUACGUGGAGACGGGCGUGGCGGAGAUCAUGACCCCUCCUCCACCCCCAGCCCCGGUAGCAGCCCCCACUCCUCCCCCUCCUCCUGCUGUGGCCCCUGCUGCAGUCCCCGCUGCAGUCCCUGCUGCGGCCCCUAAGGACCGAGUGUUCGCCAGCCCUCUGGCCAAGAAACUGGCUGCAGAAAAGGGCAUCAGCCUGGCCCAGGUCAAGGGGACAGGCCCAGAUGGAAGGGUCACCCGGAAGGACAUCGAGAGCUUCGUCCCGCCCAAGCCAGCACCCGCCCCUCCGGUGGAACCCGCGGUUGCCCCUGCUGCCCCUGCACCUGCCCCUGUUGCCCCCACCCCUGCUGUGGCUGCUGCACCGACGGGCACCUUCACAGACAUCCCCAUCAGCAACAUCCGCAAGGUAAUAGCACAGAGGUUGAUGCAGUCCAAACAGACGAUCCCACACUAUUACCUGUCUGUUGACGUCAAUAUGGACCAAGUUCUGGAGUUGAGGAAGGAACUCAACCAGGAGGUAAAAGCAGAUAACAUCAAGCUCUCUGUGAAUGACUUCAUCAUCAAGGCCUCAGCCCUGGCUUGUUUGAAGGUCCCUGAGGCAAACUCCUCUUGGCUGGACACUGUGAUCCGUCAGAACCACGUGGUUGACGUCAGUGUUGCAGUCAGUACAGCCAACGGUCUGAUCACACCCAUCGUGUUCAACGCCCACAUCAAGGGCUUGGCGACCAUCAGCCAAGACGUGGGCUCAUUGGCCGCCAAGGCACGCGACGGGAAGCUCCAGCCACACGAAUUCCAGGGCGGCACAUUCACCAUCUCCAACCUGGGCAUGUUCGGCAUCAAGAACUUCUCAGCGAUCAUCAACCCUCCACAGGCCUGCAUCCUGGCUGUGGGUGGCUCAGAGAGGAGACUGCUGCCUGCAGACAACGAGAAAGGGUUCGACGUGGCCAGCAUGAUGUCGGUGACGCUGAGCUGUGACCACCGGGUGGUGGACGGGGCGGUGGGGGCCCAGUGGCUGGCCGAGUUUCGCAAGUUCCUGGAGAAACCCGUCACCAUGCUGCUGUGAUUACUCAGAUCAGGACAACCUCCACCCAGGAUUCACACUCCAACCCCAACACCCCCACCCCCCGCCCCCCCUAAAAAAAAAAAAAAAGUAUAUCCACUUUCUUUUCUCCCUCUAUUUCUCUGUCUCUCUCACACACUCACAUGCAACUACAUAAUCAGUUUCAUUUCAACCGUGCAGAGGCUAUGUGUAGGGGUUCUCCCAGCUGUUGAGGUUUUGAAUACUCUGGUAUUCAACAAGCAGAGGUUUCACUCAGUGCUGGGCUUUAUGUUCUAGGACUGUCGUAGGCUCUUCUGCAGUAGUCUGCCUGGCUCUGUCUGAUUUGAAGCAGAUGUUUGUUCAGUAAGGACAGGGCCAGGAAGGUAAUUGACGAGAAAGGCUAUCAUUUCAUCGCCUCAGUUUUGUGAGGCAUUAGCAUCGAAAGGGUCACAGGACAGGGACUUGUGUGCCAAACCAUCAGGGGUCUUCUGUGAAAGUCGACACAUUUCCAGGGCCCUCUAACUCAGCUUCUCUACCUCUGCCCGUUAUAUCGUUCCUCCAAACCCGUCAGAAACGUGACGCUCCUGGUUACUGUAAUCAUAUGAGCUGCAGUGCACACACGAUGAGUCAUGUUACAGGGCCUUCAAACAUAGGGUCGAUUAAACUUACCAUACUUGAAUACAAGAAACAUGGCUUAUUUAUUUAACUUUGUCAGCUUUCACUCCUGACAAAGAGUGACUGCAUUCUAAUGGGGAUUGUGAGUUUUCAAAAAGAUAUAUAUGGAUUUACGUAUGCGUGUCACUUCUCUUUAAUGUCAAAGAUGCGUAAGAAAUAGGCCUGCGUGGAGCCUUGAAUAGUGCUUUAGCAGUACUGAGGAAAAGAAGAAAAAAAAAAACUAGGGAAAUGUGUGUGUGUGUGUGUGUCAGAGAGAUGCGUUUCACUUUCAGAUAAAAAGGAAGCCCCAGGUCAGUACUUCCUGAGGGGAGGCAAUUCUGAAAAGAUGGCUAUUACAGGUAGCAGGACAAGUAAUACAUGUAUAUUACCUUUAAGGGAGGUGUUAUUUUACAAACAAAACGUGUGACAUUCUGCAAGAAGGAAGACCUCACUACUUUUUACUAGUUUGUUACAAUUGGGACAUGUAUCCUUUGAAAAAUGCAAAUGGAAUAUUUCAGUAUUUUUUUUCAUAGUGGAGAUUCAGUAUGGACACAAGGUCUGCCUACCUUUUCCAUAUUUUAAAUGGUCUUUCAAAUAUGUACAGUAUGUUUGGUAUCCAGAGUUACCAAGAUGUACAAUGCAUUUAUAACUGCUUAUACAGUACUAUUUUGUGUCCAACUGUCCUGGCAAAAGCAGGCCAUGGUUUCACCAUGUUUCCGUGUGUAUGUAUGUAUGUAUGUAUGUAUGUAGCAUAGCCUGAAGUGCAUUUGUCCCUUACAGUUGACCUUGUAUGUUGGUUUUGGAAUGAAAGGUAGAAGGCGUGUGGGAGUUUCAGACUGUAAUAAAGUGAAUAGGUCCAGUCUCCACCAA